UUAAUGGGAAAAACCGACUCAUGCCCAACCCUAAAUUUAAUUUCGAAACUUUGCCAUAGGAGGAUAUGCAUGCCAUAAUAUUUUAUGGUCAUGGCAAAAACCGAUUAAAAGCAUAGUUUGGAAGCUUUGAGCAAAUUUUCCUUCAAUAAAUAAACAUGCCGAGGAAAAUUAGGAAGAUAUUAACGAUAUCCAGCCAAACUGAAUUGGUCGAGAAAGCUGUAAAAGGCCAACGCCGUGUCCGUUCCUCAAAUCGCUAUCGUCAACGGUAAUCACAGUAACAAAAGGUCAAUUUCGGAGAGAUCUGCGUGAUCUUGGUUUACUUUGGCGGCCAUGUCCGGGGCUCGUGUAUACGCUGACGUUAACGUUCACCGCCCAAGAGAAUACUGGGAUUACGAGUCUCUCACCGUUCAAUGGGGUGAUCAAGAUGACUACGAGGUCGUCCGGAAAGUGGGGAGGGGAAAAUACAGUGAGGUCUUUGAAGGUAUAAAUGUCACCAACAAGGAGAGAUGCAUUAUCAAGAUCCUCAAACCAGUGAAGAAAAAGAAGAUAAAGAGAGAGAUAAAAAUAUUGCAAAAUCUCUGUGGAGGACCAAAUGUUGUGAAGCUGCUUGAUAUAGUCAGAGAUCGGCAUUCAAAAACACCUAGCUUGAUUUUUGAAUAUGUCAACAGUAUAGAUUUUAAAGUUUUGUAUGUCACAUUGACGGAUUAUGAUAUACGCUACUACAUAUAUGAGCUGCUCAAGGCAUUAGAUUAUUGCCAUUCACAAGGCAUAAUGCACAGAGAUGUUAAACCUCACAACGUAAUGAUUGACCAUGAGAUGCGGGAACUUCGCUUGAUAGAUUGGGGUCUUGCUGAGUUUUACCAUCCUGCCAAAGAAUACAAUGUCAGAGUAGCUUCAAGGUACUUCAAGGGACCUGAACUCCUUGUGGAUUUGCAAGACUAUGAUUAUUCGUUGGACAUGUGGAGCCUAGGCUGUAUGUUUGCGGGAAUGAUUUUUCGCAAGGAACCAUUCUUUUACGGUCAUGACAAUCAGGAUCAACUUGUGAAAAUUGCCAGGGUUCUUGGUACGGAUGAGUUAAAUGCUUAUUUGAACAAAUAUCAUUUGGAGCUUGACCCUCAGCUUGAAGCUCUUGUUGGAAGGCAUAGCAGGAAGCCAUGGUCAAGAUUUAUUAAUUCAGAAAAUCAGCAUCUGGUUUCCCCCGAGGCCAUUGAUUUUCUUGAUAAGCUCCUUCGGUAUGAUCACCAGGACCGGCUCACUGCUAGGGAGGCAAUGGCUCAUCCAUACUUCUUCCAAGUCAGAUCUGCGGAGAACAGCAGAAUGCGCACGCAAUAGUGAUACACUGAUACUCUCUUAUGGGUUUCUUUUUUGACUUAACUUUCAAUUGAGCCAUGUUGCUCUGGGGUUGACGUGUAUGCAUUGCAUGGUUGCUGCAUGAGAAAUCUUAGUUUAGGAAUCUGUUUGCUCACUACUUUUUUCCCCCUGCGGCUAACAUUCUUUGAAUUCAGCCCAACUUGCGAAACAUAAUUUAUGUCUGAUAUUUUGUGUUAUUAGUUGUUAUCAA